GCUUGAGAGCAGAGGUGUUGCAAAGCGCGCAGGAAUGUCCCUCUCUUCAGUGUCGGAUGGCACGCGGCGCGCUACUCUCCACAUGCGGGUUUCGCCUAAAUUCCUCCCCGCCCUGCUCCCUGUAGGCAUUGUACAACGUGUGAAGCUGCUCUAAGCGCGUGAGGAGGAGGAGCGACAUGAGAAGGGUUGAUGAUUUUGGGUUGUGUACGGCGGGAGGAGGCUGGGUGCCGCCGGUGGCGGCGGCAAUGAAUGAAGACGAGAGUCCCUCCGCAUAGCCUCGCCGAAGCGCCCCUAGUGUUUUCUGCGUCCUCCCGCACUGGAAGUGGCGUUUGCUGCUGGGCUCUUCCUUCAGCAAGCAGAGCCCGAGCCUUGCUUCCUCCUCUCCUUCGGCCUGGCCUGGCCGGGCCGGGCCCAGCUCGAGGAGGAGGAGGAGGAGGAGAACGGGGAGGAGCAGCCGACGCCGCCGGAUGCGGCGAGGAAACAGCUCCGGCACCCCUGCGCAGCGCUGCCGGCCACUCACCUGAGCGCGCAGUGGCGGCAGCACCAGGGGAAAGGAGGAGCCGGCGAGGCAGCAGCUGCUGCUGAUGGUGCUGCUGCUUCUGCCGCCGUCCUGAUCCCGGCCCAGGGGGCGGCGGCGGCGGCGGCUGACACAGAAGCCAUGGCAGGGACGCCGGGAGUCUAAAGGGGGCCGCCUCCGCCUCGCUAGGAGCGCAAGAGGAGACGCCGCACCGCAGAGGCCUGCCAGUCCAGAGCGGGAGAGACAGCAGCAGCAGCAGCUAGACAGGCCGGCCGGCAGCCGCUUGGUCGCUCGGCCCUUGGCCCGGGUUGGCCCUGCGCCGCUGGCUGCGGACUGAGUCGCAGGCGCAAAAUGUCCACCCGCACACCGCUGCCCACAGUCAACGAGCGGGACACCGAGAACCAUACUUCUGUUGAUGGAUACACCGAGCCCCAUGUCCAGCCCCCAAAGUCAAGUAGCAGACAAAACAUACCCCGUUGUAGAAAUUCAAUCACCUCUACCAAUGAAGACCAUCCUCACAUUGGGAAUUACCGCCUACUAAAAACAAUAGGAAAAGGAAAUUUUGCCAAAGUGAAGUUGGCUAGACAUGUUCUUACUGGUAGAGAGGUUGCUGUGAAAAUAAUAGACAAAACUCAGCUGAAUCCUACCAGUCUGCAAAAGUUGUUCCGAGAAGUACGAAUAAUGAAGAUAUUGAAUCAUCCUAAUAUUGUUAAAUUAUUUGAAGUUAUUGAAACAGAGAAAACAUUAUAUUUAAUAAUGGAAUAUGCUAGUGGAGGAGAAGUGUUUGAUUACUUGGUUGCACAUGGAAGAAUGAAAGAGAAAGAGGCUCGUGCAAAAUUUAGACAGAUUGUGUCUGCUGUGCAGUACUGUCAUCAAAAGUGUAUUGUUCAUCGUGAUCUCAAGGCAGAAAACCUUCUUCUUGAUGGAGACAUGAACAUUAAAAUUGCAGAUUUUGGUUUUAGCAAUGAAUUUACUAUUGGCAACAAACUGGACACUUUUUGUGGAAGCCCUCCAUAUGCUGCCCCUGAACUCUUUCAGGGAAAGAAAUAUGAUGGUCCAGAAGUGGAUGUCUGGAGCCUGGGAGUCAUUCUUUACACGCUAGUCAGUGGAUCAUUGCCGUUUGAUGGUCAGAAUUUAAAGGAAUUGAGAGAGCGGGUAUUACGGGGCAAGUACCGGAUACCAUUCUAUAUGUCCACCGACUGUGAAAAUCUACUGAAAAAGCUACUUGUACUGAAUCCAAUCAAGAGAGGGAGCUUGGAACAAAUAAUGAAGGACCGAUGGAUGAACGUUGGUCAUGAAGAGGAAGAAUUAAAGCCAUACACUGAGCCUGAACCAGACUUUAAUGACACCAAAAGAAUAGAUAUAAUGGUAACUAUGGGUUUUGCAAGAGAUGAAAUUCAUGACUCUUUAGUAAACCAAAAAUAUGAUGAAGUAAUGGCUACUUACCUGCUCCUAGGCAGAAAAGCACCUGAGUUUGAGGGGAGCGAAUCCUUGUCCAGUAGCAACCUAAGUCAAAGAUCUCGGCCCAGCAGUGACCUCAACAACAGUUCUAUGCAAUCUCCGGCUCACCUGAAAGUCCAGCGGAGUAUAUCAGCCAAUCAGAAACAACGGCGGUUCAGUGAACAUGGUGGGGAUGGCAUUCAAACAAUUGGCCCAUCAAUUCCUCCUGCUGUUUCAUAUUCAAAAAGAGCUCAGGCCAAUAGUGUGGAGAGUGAACACAAAGAGGAAUGGGACAAAGAUAUGUCACGUAAACUGAGCAGCACCACGGUUGGGUCCAAAGGCGAGAUGACAGCAAGUCCACUAGUGGGUCCUGAACGGAAAAAAUCAACUACUAUUCCAAGUAAUAACGUGUUUUCUGGGACUAGCAUGACGCGAAGAAACACCUACGUCUGUGAACGCUCUACAGAUCGCUAUUCUGCUAUACAGAAUGGGAAAGACAACAGCCUAACGGAAAUGUCUGCAAGCAGUACCUCUUCUGCUGGUUCUGCUGUUGCUUCUGCAGUAUCAGCACGGCCUCGACACCAGAAGUCCAUGUCUGCCUCUGGUCAUCCUAUAAAGGUUACACUGCCAACUAUCAAAGAUGGCACUGAAAGUUAUCGACCAAGCAGUGCGACUCAAAGAGCACCUGCUGCUUCCCCAUCUGCUCACAGUAUUAGCACCACCACUCCAGACCGAACCCGCUUUCCUCGAGGGAGUUCAAGCCGAAGCACUUUCCAUGGUGAGCAGCUACGGGAGCGGCGCAACGCCACUUACAAUGGGCCACCCGCAUCACCAUCGCAUGAAACGGGCACAUUUGCUCAAACUAGAAGGGGUACAUCGACUGGUAUUAUCAGCAAGAUAACCUCCAAAUUUGUCCGCAGGGAUCCAAAUGAAGGCGAAGCCAGUGGCAGAACCGACACCUCAAGGAGUGCUUCUGGGGAACCAAAAGACAGAGAAAAGGAGGAUGGCAAAGAUUCUAAGCCACGGUCCUUGAGGUUCACCUGGAGUAUGAAGACCACAAGUUCCAUGGACCCAAAUGAUAUGAUGAGAGAGAUUCGGAAAGUGUUAGACGCAAACAACUGUGACUAUGAACAAAAGGAGAGGUUCCUGCUCUUCUGUGUUCACGGUGAUGCGCGACAGGAUAGCCUCGUCCAGUGGGAGAUGGAAGUUUGUAAAUUGCCACGCCUGUCGCUCAACGGAGUUCGCUUCAAGCGAAUAUCUGGAACUUCUAUUGCCUUUAAAAACAUUGCAUCCAAAAUAGCCAAUGAGCUUAAGUUGUAAAGAGCAGCAACACUUCUGGGAUCAGGGAAGAUUCAAACAUGACCUAAUCUUACAUUUUGAAUGUACUGGUUAUGCCUAACAUGAUUGGCCUGUGAAGCUCCCCAUGUAGAAAUUGCCCCCAUUGCAAUAAGGUUAUACAUAGUUAUUCUGAAUUGUAAAAUUUAAUUCAGUAUGACCUAUAUUAAAAAAGAAAAACUGUAGCUAAAGAAGUUAUGUUCACAUGUACAGGUAAGUAUAUAGAGCAUUCUGUUCAUUUUAUGUUCAUAGAGUUGUAUAAUAAAAGAGGAUGCUUAAAUACAGAUCUUGUAUAGUUGUCUAGAUAUCAGCACAGAUGUGUUUUUUGCUUUGAGUUGAAAUGUUCUUCCCAGUCAUUAACUUCUUUUUGUGGUUUUUAUAAUUCUUACCUCUCUCAUGCAUUUUUUUAAAAACUGCGUCCAUAGUAGAAAUGCACAUACAAUUGUUUUCACAACUGUAGCAUGAACAAUUUUAGUUAUUUUAAGAAGAAAAAAUCACGUAUAAAAACUGAGUUAGAAAGUUAAAAAUCAGCUUUGAUCGUACACAAGACUCGUCUUGCUUCCUGUUGUUCUUACCCAACUUAUAGAGCAGUGUUUAGUUGUGGGGGUGGGGAAAUGCACACGUUUACAGUGUUGGCACUUACAGUGAGGAAAAGGGUGGUUUGAGUGCAUUUAGCCUCUGGCCGCUUGUAAUGUUGGGGAACAGAAUUCACAUCUUGGUAAUGUUUAUUUGUACACUUCUAAAUCUUGCUCUUGUGACCAAGGUCAGAUGUAGUAAUGGAAGAGAAAUACAGUUCAGAUUCAUUCAUCAUGGUGUGAAAUAUUGUUUGUUGCCUUCGAAACAAUAGAAAUGCCACUUUGUGAAAAUAUAUCUUAGUAUUGAGACUGUUUCAUAGCACAAGGUAAUCUGAAAUGGUGACCAAUUAUAAGAGCUAAUAAAUGCCACCUCAGGAAUUAACUGGUUUUUGGAAUACUCCCCUCCCCCACCCUCCAGAAAAGUACAUGCAGUUCUGUAUACUUUACAGCUAAACAUACAUUGUUUAUAACAAUAGAUUACUUAAGUGAUUGUACAAAUUUUGUUCCCAUAUACCUUGUUGGUGUGUUAAUAUUUUGGCCCACAUCAUGAUGCCUGUAAUGUGCAGCUGUGUGUAGGCAUUUGCCUAUGGAAAAAGAAGAAGAAAAUCCUUCAUAAUUAGUGAUAUAAACGAUGUAAAACCACUAGUACUUGGUACAUUUUAAUAUUUGUUAUUUUGUACUGAAUUAAUCAUAGCAGUUGGUUGUGCAAUGUUAUUUAAUGUCGUAAUUACUGUAAUUUCAAUGAUGGGCCCCAUCUGCACACUCCUGUGAAGAUUAGAAGUCAUUCAAAAUUGUCACUUUAUAUAUAUCUAUAUAUCUAUAUAUUUAAAAAAGCAAAACAAAAAAAAGCUGUGGUAAACUCUGUAACCCGAAGUUAGAAGGCUGUAAGUGUAGCUAAGUGUGCCAUUGGAGAAUGGCUUUCUGACAGAUGGACAUGACAUACUGUACUGUACUGUGAUGUAGCGCUCUCUUCUGUAACAGUUCUGUUCUGAAAUGAACGUGUAUUGUUGCCUUACAAAAAGGACGGUGUUUUGGCAAGAAAGAACUGUACCCCUUUUAUCUGGUGUUCCUUUAAAAAAAAUUUUUUUUUUACGCAAGUCAUCCUAAUUCACAAUCACUGGUGCACUCUAUUAAAAACUUACUUGAACGGUU